AGAGGGCGGGAUGGCCGGCGGUGGGUCGGCAAUCGAAGGCGGUGGAAUCUUCAGUAUGAAUUUGACUAAAUGGAACUCCAAAAGUACUUUGUGUUGGGAUGCAGUUGUCUUCCUGCACUGUCUGAUUGCUGUAGCAUUGCUCAUUGAAAAUGUUGCUACUCUACUAAUACAUCAAGUGACACAGACCUCUAAUAGCUUAGAAGAAGGACUGGAUAAUACUGCCUUUUGGUGGGGUGAAUGGGCCAAAUGGACAGGAUGCACCCGGACUUGUGGAGGAGGCAUCAAAACACAAGAAAGACACUGCCUGCAACAAAGCAGAAGACUUGCAGUGGAGGGAGCUGAUAACCAGACUUGUACAGGUACUUCUAAAAGAUAUCAGCUCUGCAAUAUACAGGAGUGCCCAGCUAAUGGGAGAAGCUUUCGUGAUGAGCAGUGUUCAUCCUUUAACUCCCGGGUUUAUAAUGGAAGGACUUACAAAUGGACACCGUUAUAUCCAGAUGAUUACGUGCACAUUUCAAGUAAGCCUUGUGAUCUUCAGUGUACUACUGCAGAUGGACAGAGACAACUAAUGGUCCCAGCACGAGAUGGAACAUCUUGUAAAUACAGGGAAUACAGAGGUGUCUGUGUAGCUGGCAGAUGUGAGCCCAUUGGAUGUGAUGGGGUGCUCUUUUCCACCCAGACCCUCGACAAAUGUGGUGUCUGCCAGGGCAAUGGGAGCAGCUGCAUUCGAGUUACUGGCAACUACAGGAAAGGUGCAUCAUACCUGGGUUAUUCUCUGAUAACCCACAUCCCAGUUGGUGCGACAGAUAUCCAAAUAAUUGAAAGAAAGAAAUCAGAUGAUGUUUUGGCUGUUGCAGAUGAAUCUGGAAAUUUCUUCGUGAAUGGCAAUUUAAAAGUGGAAGGUCCAAGAAACUUUCACCUUGCAGGCACCAUUUUUAAAUAUAGGAGACCAAUGGAUGUGUAUGAAACUGGUAUUGAAUACAUUGUGGCUCAAGGACCAACUGAUCUGGGAGUUAAUAUUCUGUUACUUAUUCAAAGUGGCAAGAGUCCUUACAUUACCUAUGAAUAUACAGUGCCACGGAUUGUACACUUCAAACAACUUCGACCUUCCUUUGGUUCGUUUUACUACAUGCCUGGAUCAGAUUCUCAAGGCAUAGAAUUUGAUGAUGAGCGCCUUGAUGUGAAUUAUGACUUGGAUAGUGAAGAUAAUAUAGCUGAUUUUCAUACUAAUGCAAGUUAUAGCGAGACACUUACAAAGAAAAUUUCAGGAAGAGGAAACGAGAUGUUACAAACAAUGAAGAAUCUGGCUGGUUUUGAUGUGAGCAACACAGUUUAUGAUGAAACAGCUCAUCAGCUUGAAUCAGAAGAUGAGAACAUCAAUCAAAACAAAGGGCACAUGGACUUGAGUGCAAAUAUGACUGAAAACUCAAGAGGAGGUCCACUGUACUCUUCAGAGUCCAAUUCUGCUGGUUUCCUGGUAUAUUACGGAGAAAAUGAAAAUAUGGGAAGCUACAAAGUUAAUGAUACACCCCUGGAACUGACCUUCAAUAUGUCUGCAGAGAUUCCAUUCUCCAAUGAAACACUUCUGCAGAUUAUUCAUCAAGCAAACAGAACACAGAAAUUGCGAAAUAGACUGAAAAUGCUGAGAAAGGGCCUGGGAGUGAGCGCUGCUGACAUGUACAGAUGGAAGCUGUCAUCUCAUGAACCUUGUAGUUCCACCUGCACAACAGGAGUAUCUACUUCUUAUGCAUUGUGUGUUCGUUAUGAUGGCGUUGAAGUUGAUGAUUCAUAUUGUGAUUCUGUGACUCGACCAGAGCCAGUUCAUGAAUUUUGUGUAGGAAGAGAAUGUCAACCGAGAUGGGAGACGAGCAGUUGGAGUGAAUGCUCACGUACCUGUGGAGAAGGACACCAAUUCAGAAUAGUCCGCUGUUGGAAGAUUCUCUCUGCGGGGUUUGACAGCUCAGUGUACAAUGAAAUGUGUGAAUCUGCUGAUCUCUCCAAACCAUCUGAACGUAAAACCUGCAAAAAUCCAUCUUGUGGCCCACAGUGGGAGAUGUCGGAGUGGUCAGAGUGUACAGCAAAGUGUGCAGAACGGGUUACUGUGACCAGAGAAGUAAGAUGCUCGAAAGAAGAGUGGUUGUGUGAUGAGAAAACAAAGCCACCAUCUCAGAAGGAUUGUGUUGGACCCCCUUGUGAUCGACAGUGGACUGUGUCAGACUGGGGCCCAUGCUCAGGGCCUUGUGGGCAGGGAAGAAUGAUAAGACAUGUGUACUGCAAGAACUCAGAAGGAAGGGUAAUGCCUGAAUCCCAAUGCAAACCUCAAUCAAAACCCCAUGGCAUACAUCCUUGUGGAGCCAAAGAUUGCCCACCUCAUUGGCUGGCCCAGGAUUGGGAACGAUGCAAUACAACGUGUGGCAGAGGAAUAAAAAGACGAGUUGUUCUAUGUGUGGGAAUAGUAAAUGGAAAGGUUAAAAUUUCCAAUCCUGAGGAAUGUGAUGCCACUCAGAAGUUGCUUGAAGAAACGACAUGCUUUGAGCGUCCAUGUUUCAAAUGGUUUACCACUUCAUGGUCUGAGUGCACUAAGACCUGUGGAGUUGGAGUAAGAAUGAGAGAUGUGAAAUGUUAUCAGGGAAAAGAAAUUGUCCGAGGAUGUGACCCACUCUUGAAGCCUGUCGCGAAGCAAAGCUGUGAACUCGAGGCCUGUCCCACCCAGCCACCAGAUGACAGUUGUCAAGAUCAACUUGGGACUAAUUGUGUACUGGCAAUUAAAGUCAAUCUGUGUUCCCACUGGUAUUACAGCAAAGCAUGCUGCAGAUCCUGUAGAACUGCUGAUUCAUAGUACAGAUUGGCAGAAUCACUGCUCCCCCCAACAUGUGAAUAAAAGAAUGAUGUGAAACUGAUGGAAUUAGUUUUACUGCAAGAAUUGAGUGGCACCUUCCCUCAGAACCAUGUGUGUUAUUGGUAGCUCAUCAAGUUGGGCGAAGAAAUAUUAUGCUAUUAAGCCAUCAGGUUCCCUGGACAUUCAAGUGUUGCAUGCUGUCAUGUAUAGCAUUCUGCCCAUCACUGUAUGGCAGAGCCAUUGUACUUUAUUUCAGUUAUUCACUUAUAAAUUAUUUUAUUACCAUGGCAUCACAUCUAAUGCUACGGAACAUGGAGACAUGGUUGAAUGAAUAUUAACUCUGCAAAUUAUCAUGCAAGGCCAUUUAGUGCAAUAAUACUAUCAUCAGUUUAAUGUACUUCUAUAUUACAUGCAAAUGCUCAGUUAGAUAAUAUUUCAAUUUUGGUAUGGUCUUACAAUGAUUAUAUUUUUAAUACACUAAUUUCAAAUACUUUUCCAUAUAAUGGAGAUCCAGGGAGCAUGGCUCUCAGUAACAUGAUCAUUAUAUCAAAUAUCAAAACUUCCUGUAACUCUAGGACUUAUUUACGCAGUUCAUUGCCUCUUCCUCAAUCAGUUCAAUCCUUUUGCUACUUGUUGCAUUAGCCUGUCUGUCUGUUUUUGGUCCAUCUUCUUCCCUGAGAGGACAUCUAAAAAUAGUGUGCAAGGCUAAUUCCAGAAUUCUAGCACCACCACAACAUAUGUAUAUUUCACACCAUUUCCAACAAUCAUUACUGGCAUGGGGUAAGGGUACAAAUAGCCAGCCCAAAUACGAUACAUCAGUCUUCACCAGCUUCGUUGUGGAGAUGGACAUUUCAAACUCCACCCACUAAACACCACAAUUUUGGUGGACCUAGGCCCCUUCUCUAAGUCAGUAUGGUUCACGGCCUGCCAGAAGAGUCAUAAACUAUGGUAGAUCCUAAUUUUAGGCAUCAACCAAAAAGUGCAGCCAUUCAACAUUCCCAUGAAUUGCAUUGACCCUCUUAUUUUCUCAUACAGCUAUCAAUCAAUCACAGCCAUUUAAAGUAACAAGGCUAGAAAUGUAUCUCCGUUCAACACUUCUUAAUCUUAUCUAAGUAACACAUAGACAAUGAGUGAAAAGACUUCAAAACAGAUAGUAGAAAUGUUGAUCAAACAUAGCUUUUCCUCACGUUUGCAGUUACCUAACUGUUCCUUACUGGCAUCUAAAUGGAUUAGCCACGUAUAUGUAAUGAUGCCCUCUGUUCAGUCUGUUUUUGUUGCUAUCGUUGCCAGAUUGUCUCAUUAUAAAUGCCUGGCCAAGGUCGAGAAUUACAUCUUUAAGAGAUUGUAAAUUAAGCAUUUUUCUUCCCCAAGGAAUCUUCUCAAACUCUCUGUCCAUUGUGUGAUUUUUAGGAACAUUUCAAACACUUGUCAAUAUUUCAUUGGUUCUAUAUAAAGUGGAUAUUAGGAGAAUGGGUAUAGAGGAUGCCCAUGAGGACAUGGAAGGGAUAAGGAAGGGGGCAUGGGCAAUAUGAGAGGGCAUGGAGUUAGCAAGUGGUAGACAUUCAUCAGCAUCUGCAGUUUUGUUUUCAUUUUUAUUUCAACAUUCAUCAUUUCAGCUGGUCAGAUGUCCUAGUAAAUGGAGGUGGACAUUCCACUUGGUGGCUGCCCAUCUCCAACUUGCUGUGCUUCCAGAACAAAAUUAUGAUGGGUGAGGACCUCCUUAAAGUGAUAGACUUGUUUGGAACUCUGCCAACUCAGAUUACCAAUCUUCCUCACCAGAGUUAGAUGUUUAGUCUCUGGGAUACCAGAUAGUCCAAUAUUUUGCAUUCUUCCUAGGCUCCUUAAAUCCACACAUUGCCUUCUCAGUGAGUUUGUGGCUCAAUCCAGCACAAUACAUCAGCUGUGUGUUGUGGCAUCACCUCACGUUUCAGCAACUCAUGAAACAAUACUGCUUGAAGAUAUUCUCGGCUCUGAUUUUUCUGAACUUUCCAUGAAGAGAAAUGACAGGGAGCAGUUUGGGUGGAUAAUUGUUUCAGUCAAUAUCAGUAAAUACAUUUGUUUACUGUUCCAUGGUUAACUUGUUCCAAAGAUGAUGUGUAUAACCAUUUUUGUAUAGGUUAAAUAUUUGGCACAUAAAACAGCCAGUAACUUUCUCCAUACUGGCUAAUUAAGGCACUUUUGGGGUCUAGUUUUACAAAUGGAGGUUGCCGAUAGUAGAAAUCUGUGUGCCCAGUAAAAUUUGAUCAAAAAUUUAAAAACUCCUAUUCUCCAGUCGUCUGAAUUAUUGUGAGUUUCAAUUUCUGGAGGAAAUUUGUUCAUAGAAAGGACAUCGUUUGGAGCCAGUUGACACCAAUUUCAAUCACCUACCUAAAAAUAACCAGGAGCUAUUAUGCUCAGUUGUAGCCAAGUUAAAAGUAUCCAGGAACCUCCCACCAUCAAGACUCGCUGACAGGCUGCCAAUGGUAAUUGUUAAACAUCUAUAUCUCCCGCCCUAAUUGUACAACCGUGCUAAUUAUUCUGCUAAAGCCUAUUGUUCUGUGUUAUCCCUUCCCAUAAUAUGAUCAUGGAUAAACGUACAAAAUAAUGAGAAGAUCCCAGUGUGUUGUCUGAAUGUUUCUGGUUGUCUCAAAUAAUCCUAGUGACUGUGUUGUUUUAUCUAUGAAUUGUGUUAAAAUUCUGAAUCUUUUAAAGAGAAAAUAAUAUUCUUAAUUAAAAAUCUUGUACAGCUAUGUCAGAAAUUGUCUUAUUGCUGAAAACAUGCUUUAAUGUAAUAUUUAAUAACAUGAUAUUUAAUUCAUCAUUAUUAAUGAUUGUUAUGAAGAUGCUUCGUAUUUAUAAUUUUUGUGAUCUUGAGAUUGAAGGUAUGGGGAGACCUGGCCUUUUCUUUAUAGGUCAAUGAAAAGAAUUUUUUAAAAAUGCAUUUCCUGAAAGGAAGAUGUCUUGUGAUAAGUACUUGUUUACUCCAGAGCCCCUGCCUGGGUUUAGGACUGUCAGGUUACAGCUUCUGAUUUGGAAAGUGUUUAGAUUUUUCGGUUAGUGGCCAGCCAGCCUGGGAAGGAAAAGACCUUACCAGCUGUUUCUGAAAAGGUCCUUGUUAUGGGUGCAGUGUGGUGAUGGAUCCCUUGUCCAGUCUAAGCUGUGAUUUCCCUCCUAAAAUGCGCACAGAAGAAUCCCUGAGUCUGUUUGGCUCUGAUUCCUAAGAUAUCUGCUUUGUGUUUGGUGAAAUGCAUGUUUGUGGGCCUGACUGCCAGACUGAUAGUUAUUUAAACAUUCCAUACAGUAUCCUUUAUUUAAGUUGUCAAUGACUAAGACUUAUUGGCUAAAAGUGUUUUUUUCCCCAGAGUGAAUCUUUGUAGAGAGGUCUGCUUGGUUGUUAGUGCGUCUUGGAUUAUUUAAAGGGAUAAAUAUUUAUAUUUUCAUACCACCAUAUGAUCAGCUAUGUAUGGUUAUCAGUUUUGCAUUGUCAUUUAAAUGUUUUGUUUAUAAUAAAAUCAUUUGUUUUGUGUUUAUUAAAGGAACCUGGUUGAUGAAUCUUUUUAAUUAAUUUAUAACAUAGGCCAAUUGCAUGCUUUCUCUUUCAGAAACAAGAUAAAACAAAUAAAUAUGUGUUGUGACUAGUGAAGUAGUGGGACUAGAAAAAGACAAAACUCUUUUCUGACCUUGGUCAUAAUAUAAAAGGAAGGAAUCAUAGAGGGAUAUCCAGUGCUAAUGUUUAAUUGGGAAAUAGGGUGGUAUUAAUUAUAAAAUGAUAAAAAGAAACACCAAGUUUAUUGUUCAUUAAUCUCAACGGCUUUGGUAGUUGCUAAGACUUUUCAGGAACAUGUAUCACUGAGUGCUUGGAAAAUGUCAUCAAAGCUAAGUUAAUAGAAUCUCUGGACAUAUUGAAGUUACAGGUAAAAGCAGAAGCUGCAACCUGACAGUCAUAAACUCAGGCAGGGGCCGUCUGUGGUUCUGCAGUAAAUAAGCAGUUAUCGUAAAAUAUAGAACACUACAGCACAGUACAGGCCCUUAGGCCCUCGAUGUUUGUGACAGUCAAGGAAUGUCUUGUUUUAAAAAGGUCCCACUGUCCAGGCAUUGAACUCUUUUGACAAAAAAUACAGGUAUCCAUAACCUUCUAAAGUUAACUGCACAAAAAUUAUUAUACAUGAAGCACCUUCAGAACACCCCCACCCAGGAGAACAAAAUGGAAAAUUUGGUAGAUUGGCUUCUUUUUCCCCUGGCCUCAUUUUAUGGGUUAAAAUAUGCUGAGUAAAAUUACUCUUGUACAAAGUAUUCAUUCUGCUCUCUUGGAGUUGGGGAAACUAGGAAAAAGAAUAUUGAAGUAAUCUAUGUAAAACCAGAUCUUUAUGAAAAAUGAUAAUAAAUAAGUUUGUCUUUUAGACAGAAUUCUUCAA